AUGCCUCAUAUUGGAGAAAGAGAAGAGAGAAUCAAUGUCGAAGAGGAUGUGUGCAUGACGGGACACAUCUUCGUUCGUCGGGGUGUUUGGUUGAUGGGGAAAAGGUCGACCAGAUCCACGGACUCGGAGAUUUCGAUUCCCGCACGGGCCCUGGUCAAACCUCCAUGGCUUGUCGCAGCCUGCCCUGCAACAUCAUCUCCAUCAUCGAAGUACCGCUCCCGUCACCAACAUCCGGACUCAAAUCUGGUCAGGGCUACGCACCUCGAAAUUCCCAUGGCACCGCUCCUAAAAUGGGCAAGAAAUCUACUGCGCCGAACCCCGUGGCGCCCUUUGCGAUUUCCGACGGCCGGUUUUGAAGUCGUUCCCGCCACGAAAUUACUGGAGGAAGAGCGGUUCGACGAGUUCAAGACUGGCAACUACUACCCGGCCAAUAUCGGGGACCUCUUCGCCUCCAACAAGUACCAGGUCGUUGGCAAGUUAGGAUUUGGUGAUCGUGACUAUGUCACUUUGAAGAUCUUUGCGCGAGAUCACGGAGACACGUGUAGGGACGAGUUUCAGACCUACAAGACUAUCGACAAGGCGAACCCAUCUCACCCGGGCCGCCGACACGUGAGAACCGCCUUGGACACCUUCACCAUCGACCGGCCCGGAGGGGAUCACCAGUGCCUCGUCCAACGGCCCAUGUGGGAUAGCUGGAAGGAUUUACUCCUACGGAACCCAGCAGGGCGCUUCUCCGAGGCGCUUCUCAAGGGCGGUUUGCAGCACCUCCUUCGUGGCCUCGACUACCUACACACCGAGUGCAAACUUGUCCAUACAGACAUCAAGGCAGACAACAUCUUACACGCCAUCGUUGACCAGGGGAUUCUCGAAGCCUUCGUCAAAGAGGAGAUGGAGAGCCCUUCACCCCGCAAAUACGUCGACGGCGCCCCCGUCUACAUGUCCCGGCGUUUCGGUCUACCCGAGGACUUCGGCAGGAUCGUCCUCAGCGACUUUGGGUCCUCGGUAAGGGGAGACUUGAAGCGGAACCAUGACGCGCAGCCUAACGUGUAUCGGUCGCCCGAGGUGAUGAUUAAAGCUGCGUGGAGCUACCCAGUCGACAUUUGGAAUGUCGGGGCCAUGAUCUGGGACGUGUUUGAGGGCGGCCACUUGUUCUACGGCGAGGACCCCACUGGCAAGGGCUACACGACCCGCGCGCACCUCGCUGAAGUUGUUGGAAUGCUUGGGCCGCCUCCCCUAGAUCUCCUCGAGCGCGGAGUCCGAAGCAAGGAGUUCUUUUCGGAAGAUGGCCAAUGGAUCGCAGACGUCCCAAUUCCUCUGGGACACAGCCUAGAAACCGCCGAACACGUCCUCUCGGGGAGGAACAAGGCCGUGUUCCUCAAUUUCGUAAGGGGAAUGCUAGCGUGGAGACCCGAAGAUCGCAAGACGGCGCGAGAGCUGCUCGAGGACCCGUGGCUCAACACGUGGGAAAUAUCCGAUUAA